GAACUUAUAACAUUUCCGACGCCUAAAGCCUUCAAAAAUUUUUGGAAGAGUGUUUUAAGACGCUUAGAUAUGAAAGUAAACGAAGUGCUGCUCGUUUGUGCGAUUAGUGUUUUGGUGUGGAAGGCAUCCGAAGGCCGGAGACAGUCUGAUAAAAAACAGAACAAUGCCCCACAACCUUGGGCUUUGAAUCCUCAUCUCCAGAGGACGACUUUGAAUGGGUCGGGUUCUGAACGAAAGGUCAGCAAGGACUUCGCCCGCUUCGCCUGGGAAUCUUUCCAGAAAGGAGUGGCGCAGAACGAGAAGAGGACCAGAAAGAAGAACAGAGAAAGGGCCAUCAGACAGCAGCUCAGGAUGGGAAUUCCCCAGACGAAAAGUGCCAUUGGUCCACAAGGUCCGAGGGGUCCCCCAGGCCCUAUGGGUCCGAAGGGAGCGAACAUUUCCAAGGAUGAAAUGGUGGAAGAAAUCCGCAAUAUAUUGAAUGAAAUGGCACAUCAAAAGAUCUUGAGCUCAUUGAAUCCUGAAUGCACCGAGCUGUGCUAUCAGAAUCUGGACGAGAACGAGACCAAUACAUUUGAGGAUAAGAUGAAAAUCAUCCACAAAAAUGUCCUCGUACCAAAGAUUGUCACUGCCUUCAUGUGGGAGAGCGAAGAAUAUUUCAAAAUACCCAGGCAAUCCCGAGUUGAACUUGAUAUGUUCAAACUGGCGGAUAAAUCAGGUGCAUAUGGGCGUGACGAUGGCAAUUCGAGACCGGAUACUGGAAAGUUCGUAGCUCCUCGCUCCGGCUUCUAUAACUUCUAUGCCACAGUCCACAUACAGUUGCCCACUCGGAAGCGAGACCUUAUAACUACAGAGGACCUCAUUUCCCUGGCUAUAUGCGUAGAAUCAGAAUGUAGAUACAAAAUGACAUUAGAAGCAAUAUCUGGAUUCGGCCCCGGUGAAAGGAUGACCAUGAGCGUUGGAGGCAUGCUCUAUCUUAAACUGAAUCAAUACGUAUCUGUAUACGUAGAAAAUGCGUCGGAUUUUCCAGUAAGCAUUUUCGAUGGGUCUCAGUUCUCAGGAUAUUUAAUUGGCGUAUAGAAAAUUCGAUCAAGAGAUUGGCAUCAGUUUUUCAGGAUUAAAAAAAAUAUUUUAAUCCACCGACAUUUUUAGUAAAUAAAAACUUGUGCCAAAUGUGUUUUGUGACAUUUUCAUACAAACUGAAAUGAAAAGCAGUAACGCGUUGGAAAGAAACUGAUGUCUGAAAUUUCAAGUUUAAUUAUCGUCAAGAACUUGGAAUAUUAUGAAGAUUUGGAAAUUGUGUAUGAAACUUUCUGUUUCAAAUUUUUGAAACUGCAUAUAAAGAUUUUCGAAACUCUGUGUGGAUGCUUAGUUUCAACUUUUUAAAACUGCACAUGAAGAACAGUUCAAUGGCAGCUUCUGAAAACCUGCUGGUAGAAAUGACCAAUUUCAACCUUUAU